AACCUAAAAGCCAAAAGACUACAAGGACUGAAGAUGAACAUCUUAGCUGAAGAACUGAAUACAAACGUGCAGUCUUCUUAUAUGAAUGAGGGUCAGAUAGCAGCACAGCGUGGAGACAUCGUUAUUAAUCACUUGCAUGGCUCGACCUCGCUUGCAUUGAACCAGGGGAAGCUCUCUCUGAAUGGUCUGCAUGGUCACCUAGUGGGGGCAGUGGGUUCAGGCAAAGUGGAUGUGCAAGUGACGGAGAUAACUGAAGACUCUUCACUCAGCUUACAGGAGGGGAGCUUGGUUGUGUCUGUUCUAGAAGAGCCAAGGCAUAACCUCCAAGUGACAGCCCCGACCUUGGACGUAUCUGAAGAAAUCUCCUCCUGCACAGCAGCUUCCACCACCAGCACCUCUCUCAAACUACAAGCAGGAGAAGGCACACAAGCAAACACCUUUUCUGCAGAAGUGGUAAAGGGCUCGGCCAAAGUACAAAGACAAGACUGGUUUGCCACUUUGGGGAUAAAGAUCGGCAGUUAGGCAGAUGUGGCUGAAGGUGCUAAAAUUAUGGGCAAGGUUAGACCAUUGAAUUAGAAGUGAGUAUUUGAACUGAGGAGGUAAUGAAUAUGUCACAUUCUGGGAGUCUAGUAAUUGUAAACUAUAAAAUUCUGAAGUGUGAUAUUUAAAUUGUAUAUAUUAGUUCAAGAAAAUUCCAGUUCUGAUCUCAUAUAGGGUGGUUUUCAUGAUCAUUGUGUUUUAGAUAGAAUGUAGUUGAAUCUUGUAUUGCCUUGUUUUAGAAUUUUUAAACUUAUUAUUAAAGAUGUAUUUAUUGGGAAAGAGGUUGCAUAUUUCUGUCUCAAAAUGCAAUUUGUCUGCUAAGUCUUGAAUAUCUCAGAGCAAGUGAAAAAAAUUAGUUUCUAGCAUGUUUUAUGUAUUGCUCUCAAUCUUUUUGAUAUUUUCCAAUCUACCUCAAUCAUGCAUCAUGAUGAUGACCAAUUUGUUCUAGUCAUAUGAAUGAUUAUGUAUUUUGUCUAUUCAUAUGUCAUUACCUGUAUUUCUGCUUAAUUUAUUGACAUGUAUAAAUGUAUGAUGUACAUAUCAAAAAUAUAUGAUCUUGUUUCAAA